AUGGGGGUGAGGAGGUUAGUGCGGGUGAUGGGGGUGAGGAGGUUAGUGCGGGUGAUGGGGGUGAGGAGGUUAGUGCGGGUGAUGGGGGUGAGGAGGUUAGUGCGGGUGAUGGGGGUGAGGAGGUUAGUGCGGGUGAUGGGGGUGAGGAGGUUAGUGCGGGUGAUGGGGGUGAGGAGGUUAGUGCGGGUGAUGGGUGCGGGUGAUGGGGGUGAGGAGGUUAGUGCGGGUGAUGGGGGUGAGGAGGUUAGUGCGGGUGAUGGGGGUGAGGAGGUUAGUGCGGGUGAUGGGGGUGAGGAGGUUAGUGCGGGUGAUGGGGGUGAGGAGGUUAGUGCGGGUGAUGGGGUGAGGAGGUUAGUGCGGGUGAUGGGGGUGAGGAGGUUAGUGCGGGUGAUGGGGGUGAGGAGGUUAGUGCGGGUGAUGGGGGUGAGGAGGUUAGUGCGGGUGAUGGGGGUGAGGAGGUUAGUGCGGGUGAUGGGGGUGAGGAGGUUAGUGCGGGUGAUGGGGGUGAGGGUUAGUGCGGGUGAUGGGGGUGAGGAGGUUAGUGCGGGUGAUGGGGGUGAGGAGGUUAGUGCGGGUGAUGGGGGUGAGGAGGUGAGUGCGGGUGAUGGGGGUGAGGAGGUUAGUGCGGGUGAUGGGGGUGAGGAGGUUAGUGCGGGUGAUGGGGGUGAGGAGGUGAGUGCGGGUGAUGGGGUGCGGGGUGAUGGGGGUGAGGAGGUUAGUGCGGGUGAUGGGGGUGAGGAGGUUAGUGCGGGUGAUGGGGGUGAGGAGGUGAGUGCGGGUGAUGGGGGUGAGGAGGUUAGUGCGGGUGAUGGGGGUGAGGAGGUUAGUGCGGGUGAUGGGGGUGAGGAGGUGAGUGCGGGUGAUGGGGGUGAGGAGGUUAGUGCGGGUGAUGGGGUGCGGGUGAUGGGGGUGAGGAGGUUAGUGCGGGUGAUGGGGGGGGAGGAGGUUAGUGGGGUGAUGGGGGAUGAGGAGGUUAGUGCGGGUGAUGGGGGUGAGGAGGUGAGUGCGGGUGAUGGGGGUGAGGAGGUUAGUGCGGGUGAUGGGGGUGAGGAGGUUAGUGCGGGUGAUGGGGGUGAGGAGGUUGAGUGCGGGUGA